AUGUCAGAUUUUAAAGGGUUUAAAGAUUCAUUUUUGAAGUCUAAUUCACAGUCAGGUACUAAUUCCGCUGUGUCUGGGUCAGGCUCGGAAUCUAUUUCUCCUCCACAAGAUUCAAAAGACAAAGGAUUGAACAUUCCAAGUAUACACAUCAAGACUGAAUCCGCAGAUAAAUUGGCAUCAAAAUCAUUAGAUAUCAAGAAGCAGUUGUCACAAUCGUUCCAGGGAAAUAGUUCGACUCAACAGCAUGGAGGAAUUUCGAAACCUCAAUCCAGAAAGAACUCAAUAAUUGCAAUUAAAUCUAAUAAUGCAAGUGAAGAUGAAGAUGAUGACGACAAAGAUGAUCCACAGGUGAAUGAAAGGAAGAGGAGAGAUAAUAUUAACGAAAAAAUACAGGAAUUAUUGACACUAAUUCCGGCGGAAUUUUUUCAAGAGAACCCCCCAGCAACUAAUCAACCACAACAACAACAGACACAACAAUCAGAAAAUGACGCGGCAAUUGCUGCAGCUGUUAAGAAUUCUGGUACUAAAGACGGUAAGCCAAAUAAAGGUCAAAUAUUAACAAAAUCCGUGGAAUACUUGCAAUAUUUACAGAAUUUAAUUGAUGAAAAUAAUAGAAAAGAAGUUGAAUUAGUUAUGAAGUUGAAGAAUUUGGAGUUUCAGGAACAGAAUAGACAGCAAAAUGUACCUAUUAAUGUUGGCCAUACAAGCGCCGAAAGGUCGUUAGGUAAGAUUGGAGUUGGCCCAUUAUCUGAUGAUUAUUUUAAGCUGGUUUUGGUUAAUAGUGCUGGGACAAAUAAAUCAGGUCAAAGAAAAGGAAGUACAUUUUCAGUUAGUCCGUAA